AUGAAUGAGUGGUCCACUUCGCUCGGGUAUUGCGCCGCCGAUCGGUUCCCAGACAGCGAUGAAGAGAUUGAUCCGCUCGAAGCGCCGUCAGAGCAGCCGGCACCGCGGGCGGAUGACGAAGAACCAGUCAAUUUCGUUGAGACGCCAUUUACCAUCGCCGCUCGCAAUGCGCAACUGCGCAAGGCACGUCAGUCUACCCUACCGCUCGAUACAGACGCCAAUGCCACCGAGACGACUCUCAGUCAACAUCAGACGACGCCAAUCGAGCAUAGCGGCAACCGUGCAGAUUCGCAUGAUGUCGUUCCGAAGCACCAGCUCAGGGCGAUCGACUCAUACUUUAGGAGAGAAGCACCACCAGUACCGGCCCAUGGGAUUCGACGACCUACAAGCGUACGCAAAGCUCCGAGCACACCUCCCGAGAUCAUCGUCGUGUCGUCAGAUUCCGACGACGUCGAAGUCCUCAGCACGAAAGGCAUGGAUGGUAGCAUGGACAUCAGAUACCGCUCCAGCUUGCAUAGCGCCAUAACCGAGCCAAGGGAGAACACCAGCCAACGGGCGCUGCAACAGUUCCUCGAAGAGGACAAGGACUUCUACGAGAGCCUCGACCGGGAAAUGGCACAGCGAGAAGCCAGCGCAGGUGCGCCAUCUUUGUCCGAAGCGGCUUCGUCUUCGGCAAGAAUGGAGAGCAUGGUCCCCGACGCAAGCACAUCCUACGAGACGUCAAGCUGGGCUGCGACUCAGGCGCCUUACGCAUACGAGGGGUACCUUGUGGAUCACUGUGACCCCCUUCCGGUCUCUCCUCUGGUCCCUCAAGCAGGCUACAUGGCACCGCGAAUACCGAUACCAACGCAUGCAUCAAUCAUGUACCAUCCUUACGGCAACGCGCUGCCGUAUCCGCCAAUCCAUGAUGCGCCUCCUCCCAUCUUGACAGGUCGCUUUCCCACAGACAACAUGCCUCCACCCAGACCGGCCCAAAGCAGUGGUGAGUGGCAUCAACACCAUCUACCGACCUACCAGCCCCCCUUUGGGCCCGAUCAACACCCGCUUGUUCCUCAAUACCCGCCGACUGGUUACGAGCGAUAUCGAACGCCUCAAUAUCAGCCUUAUCCCCAGCCACCUAGGCCAAGUUCUGCAUCGCAACCUUCUCCUGCGCCCAAUCACUCGCAACCCAGUACCAGUCGAGCCAAGCUCGCAGCCUAUGCGCGACCGAAGUCGCCGCGGCAGGCGCAAGCAGACAAAGCAAGAGCAGAUGUGGUGUACAAGGCUUUGCGCGGCGCAAGCAAACGCACAAGAAAGAGUACGAAUCGCCCGGCACCCUCAUCGUCAUCGAAAGGCAAGGAAAACGAGUGGUCGACAUUGGACGCCUCUCGCACAGAGCGAGACGGCAGUCUAUCUCUCACAGCCGCAUUGCGUCGUCCGCUCCCGGCGACACGACUUUCGACGGCAGUACGCGGAGGCAGCCGCCUAUCUUUGCCGCUCUAUCGCAAUCCAGGAAGCUCGCUGGAGGACAGACGACGCGCUGAAAACAUCCUGUCCAGAAACUCGAUAAGAAACCAGAAUCCGACUGCAUCCACGAGCAAAAGCGCCGCAGCAGCCUCCAAAGCUCCCAGACUCUUCCGACCGUCGCCUCUCAACGAAAACGAGCCGGACGGCCAGAGACGAUGA